AUGGCCGAGAACGAGCUCCAGACGGCGCUCAAACAACUACACCAAGCUCUCAACGCCGCCAACCCAUCCACCGCUCCCGCACUCCUCUCCCGCGCCAAACUCGCACUUCUAAAACUCAAUGCCUUGAUACCCGGCCCACGCACACCACAAGCACAUCUCCUCCUCGCGCGUGAAACCCUCGAGCUCGGCGCCCUCAUCUCCAUCCGCCUGCAAGACGCCGAGGGCUUCGAGCGCUACUUCCAACAACUCCAACCCUUCUACUCCCUCCCUCAGCAGAUCCUAGCUCGCGAGAAGAGCAAUUCAAGUAAGAUUACAGGCCUCUACCUGCUCCUGCUGCUCAGCCAGGGCGACUAUGCGGGCUUUCACACACUGCUAGAGACGCUGGAGUUGGCGGCAGCGCAAGCUGGAAAGGGUGGCCUGGAAGAGGACCAGUAUAUCCAGUAUCCGAUAAAAUUAGAGCAGGCGCUCAUGGAGGGAAGCUAUGACCGCGUGUGGGGCGCGACAAAGAGAGAGCGAGUGCCGAGCCCCGAGUUUGGUGUUUUUUCGCAGAGCAUUAUCGGCACCAUCCGCGCCGAAAUCGCAUCUUGUUCUGAGAAAGCAUACGCUUCGAUUCCUAUCUCCGACGCCAAAUCACUCCUGUUCCUCGACUCCGAAGGCUCGGUCGUUUCGUUCGCCAAAGAGCGAGGCUGGGUGGCUCGCGACGGACGACUCUAUUUCCCACAGCAGAAUGCAGAAAGUGCAAAUGCUGCGAAUGAUAUCCUAGUCACCAGCGGAACAGUUAUUGAGAAUACUCUGGGCUAUGCGCGGGAGCUGGAGACGAUUGUGUAG